UGGCUGAUCUGCUGCAGGUCAAAAGGGAGCGCUUUCAAUCUCGUCUUAGCUUGUGUUAGAUCUGGUUGCGCUGAUAGCCAAACGCUUGUGGGAAACGCGUUUAAAAUGCAGUUUCACUUCCCGAUUCUGCCCGCUUUUCAAAAGUCCUCGUACGCCAACGACUUGCGCCGCAACGACUCGAACGCUUCGGCCAGAUCCGUAUCUCCGCCGGAUUUGACGCAGAGUUCACAGCCCCUUCAGUCAGAAUCAGUUACAGCGACUCCUUGUUCUCAAUCCAGCCAGACGUUAGAUGGCAGCUGGCCUAGUUCGCAGGCGAGUCUCUAUUCGUCGUCGAAUACCUCCACGGGGGUGUUCUGUUCGUCGUCUUGUUCCUCUUCGUUCAACAACCAGUCGCAGCCGCCGCCGACCAAGGCGUCUCUGGCGGCCUAUCUUUCUCGAAAGAACGAGCCGAGCGGUCGAGGGCCGACUGGGGCCGUUGGUUCGCUGUUGGAGCCGUCGUCCCUGCCAAUCUUGCCCAAUUCUCGAGACGGCGUCUCGGUGUACAACUCGUCGCAGCCUUCUGCUUACGGCCAUGGCUCGGCUGCCGCAGGGCUCGGCCAGGUGGCCAGGGGCUUUUUGUCUCAGCCGGACCACGCUUCGGCGUCUAGGCACGGGGGCGCAGGCGGCAACAAGACGUCUUCCCUGAUGAUGGGGUGGCAGGGGGCGAAGAACGCGAAUUGCGCGAUCGAGGCCUUUAGCAAGACGCAGCAGUUCCACAACGCGCUGGAGGAGAACACCGCGGCCAUCAAGAAUUUGACGGAGAUCUCGACGAGGGCGUUCAACAGCCUUUCUGAGAUGAUCAAGGAGUUUUUCAAGGCGGAGAGUGAGAAAAAGCACCAAUACGAAUGUCUGCCGGAGACGCUAUUGAGGAACGCGCAGCGGACCGAGCAGGUUUUGCACCAGCUUGUCGAAGAAAACAGGAACAGGGCCAUCAGAGACGCGAAAAGCAUAGAAAUUGAGGCGACGGGCGUUUUGAGCUUGUCCACGUCGAUACAGAUACUGCAAGAGAAAAUGACUCAGAUUUUAGACCAGCUGAGGAGCUUCAAGGAGUACACUACGACGUCGAUACAGGACCAAAUCCCAAGGUUUAGCUCGGUGGUGAAGGAGCAGACCGAUUUGCUGGUCAAGGCGUUUUCUGAGGAGUUGAGUCAGAGUCGUUUGCAGCGCGACGAUUCGCGAACUUGUAGGGUGGCUGAUUCUUCCGAGGGGCUGGUUGCAGCAGAGAGACGCAGUUUGGACGAUUUGGGGGAAAAAGAGUGUCUUAGCUUUUCGGGUGGUCCAACGGGUCCAACGGAUCGUCAAAAGGAGUUAGAGGGGGGGGGGGCGCGAUCGGGACCGGGCUCUGAUUGGAGAAGAGCAGGGAGGCAGCACGCGAAGCGAGCGGGACGACUGCGCGCCGGACGCACUGGGUGAACAAGAUGGCCGCGCACAGGACGAGCAAGGCGAUUCUACGCUGGAUGCGGAAGGAGGGCAGGACGACGUUGCACAGGGCGUGCAAGAUAGCUCUGAUCCAAGUGGGCGGGGUGAUUGCGAGAUGGACGCGCAGGGUGGGCGAGAUGGUGUGGCAUCGAGUACAAUGGGUGAUUCGAGCGUGCAGGUCGAGCAGGACGCCGACAAGUCCGAAUGCGUUUCAGAUUCGAAGAGCAGCGUAAUUGGCGCGAAUGAAUUUUCGAACGGCGCUUGUCCGUUGGCGGAUAAGGAGUCUCGGAACUCAGAUCUGCUCGAUGGCUGCAAAGCGGACGGGCGUUGCUCAAGAGAAUGCGCCUCUUCGCCAGAAUCGACUUCCUCUGCCGGAGCAGUUAUCCGUGGGAAAGACGGAAUAGGGGUCAAGAGGUUUCGCGCGGGCGCGGUGUUUUCAAGGAGGUGCAAGAAGCAGGCGAGCUGCGUUGAGGUCAAGAACUGGCUAGGCGACUCGGAGGAAAUAGACGUGUUCGGCGAGCCGAGCAAAGAGGACUCGGUGCUGACCACGCGUCACUUUGAGGAAGGGUACAUAAGUUGUUCGUUGGAGGAAGAGAACGAAAGCAGUAGCAUGUGCAAGGUGGACGAUUUCGUCCAGUUUCUAUGCAGUCGGAGUCCUUCUAGGAUGUUGGAGAGGUUCGAGUCGCCGGACCCCCUCGGAGGAGAAAAGAGGUGCAGGAAAGGUCUGGCUGGUUCGAGCGAGUUGACCUGCGGUCCAGGGAGCGAAGGCGUCGAUCCAGGUUUCGAGAUGCAGUUUGGGUUUCGGCCGCAAGGCGCGGAGCAGGGGGCGUUGAGGAAGGGCGAUCACUCGCCGAGGAGCUUGAGAAGGUCGAAAAGAGGCGCUCAGUCGAGAGAAGACGACGCGGGCAAACGGGGCUCGAAGGAGGAGCCGUCCCUUUAAGCCGGACGGGGGAGGCGUGCGUACAGGCGCUGGGAGUCGAGACGAGCAAGGCCGCGCGGUCUUGAGCGGGCGCGAUGAGCGACAGCGUUUUUGCAGCGAGUUCGGAAGUUCGGUUUCGCAGAAGUUCCGGGUGAUGCGGGGCAAAUAGAGAGAAAUUUGACAGCAGUUCGUUUGUUCGAAAUCGUAGGACGUGGGACGCGAUGCGUGUUCGGAUGAAGCGGACAAGAAGACGAGCACGGGAGUCGCGGAGAGAAACCGGCCGAGUACCGUGAGCAGCUCAAACGAGAGGUAAUGUCUUUAUUAAAAGGUUACAGAGGAGGUCGGCAUUGCCGUUUGCGAGAUCAUCAAAUUACACCGAUGUAGAUAAUAUAUGUAUUUCUUGUGGUACAGUACAGGAGGAGAAAAGGCACCAAAAAAAAA